UCAAAACAACCAGAAAAAAUCACGAUCUGACAUCUGACCACGAGUUUGGGAAGGAAAAAGGAAAGAAAAGCUUGCAAAAGGUUCGGAAAAACGUCGAGUGACAUCUCAACCUGCAGCCUAAACAGAAAACAACAAGUAUCGACGCGUCUUGAGGACAUCUUGUGCCCACAUGGUUGAGAAAAUGCUCACACGAGAUUGACAUCGUCUAGAUUAAUUGGGAAUUUCGACCGCAUCUUUGCGGCAUACGACGACACACCGCCAAUUUCAGAUCUCAAGAUGAUGACCAAAGGAGGAAUUAGGCGCGAAUUGCGUCUUUUGGAGAUUGAAGGAGACAAUUUCAUCACGAUAUUGAAUUUCAUGCCCAUGGAUAUAAACACAGGCCAGGUUUACUUUUACUGGAUGGCCGACUGCAUGUGGCCCGAGUUGGAAAACGUCAUCAGGAAAGCCACUCUACGUUUGUCUGGGAAAAGGUCGUACGAAACCAAAACCCUGAGCAAACUGGCCAAGACUGAAGAAUCACCAUAUUUCUCUGUCAAGCUUACUUACGUACCUGACUUGGACAACAGUUUGAGAGAUGCUCUGGAUGUUCACUUUGAUGAAGAUGAACCCAUCUCCAACAUUAACAUCAAAGCUGAGGUUACCUUCAAAGGUGAUCGACUAAAGCUCAAAGAGGCCCUUGACAGACUGCAAGGUUUCAACGAAUCUGAGAACAUCAGGAAGCCGAAGCUAAUCUGUCCAAAAACCCCUACCACAAAACGUCCUCUGCAGCAGCUCCAAAACCAAAACGAGGGAGCCAUGUCUCCUCAGAGGAUCGAUCUCUGUGCUGACAACGAGGACUCAAUCAUCACAACCUCAAUUUCUCUCAGUUUGCCGCCAGCGAGGGUCAAGAAAGAUAGCACUGAUCAUUCUUCACAAGAGGAGAAGCGCAAAGGCAAAGACGAACCAAAGAAACAGCCUAAGAAAGAGAAGGACAGUGACGAAAGCAAGAAGAGAGAAAAGACUGAAACUGAGGACAAGAAGAGUUCAAAGACGAACAUUUUGAAGAAGAAGAGGACCAAGUCUUCGAAAGAAGACAAAUCUCAAACCAAGAUGACCAACUACUUCUCCAGUCCGUCAACCAGCAAGUCGACCGGCUACCUGUCUCAGGAAGAUGAAGAUGCUUUGACUUUGAUAAUCCAAAAGAGGAACUCCUCUUAUUCGGAUGAGGAUCUUUUUGAUGAUGCUAUGCCGAGUGAGUGCUCUCCUGUGAAGAAGAAGAAAAAGACCCCGGAAAGGGAGGAAAAUUCCAUUUUUGAUGUGAUGCCUAGUGAAUGCUCGCCUGUGGAGGAAAAGGUCAAAAGGGAAAAACGAGAAAAGAGGAAGAAAAAGGAGGAGCCAAAAUUUAUUGAUUCCUACAUUUGGGAUUCUCCUUUGCCACUCACUCCUCGUGCAUCUACCUCGAAAAGCGAAUGGGAUUCGCAAUCUGAAAAUGAUUCACAGACUGAUUAUUCAGCAUAUGUCAAGUUGGCCCAGUCGUCUCCCGUCAAGCAGUGCACACCUGUCAGGAGGACCUGUAAAGAGGAAGUGGAGGAAAUACACAAGAGAUUCCCAGAUCCAGAUUCUCUUGAAUUUUUCAAGGACUGCGAAAAAUUCAAGUCUGUUUUGGCAAAAGGUGAUACCGGAGCACUUCAUUCCAAAGUGGUGGAAAGGUUGUUCAAAGCUCAUCUAGAGUAUCUGCAGGCUGUUCACAAUGGAGAAAUCCGCAGUUUGCUCCGUGAAGAAUUCCAUCAAUCAUGUGACAAUGGUUCUACCAUGCAGUAUGCCGAUGGUGGGCUGCUCUUUAGUUUUGAAAACCUGAACCGUCUCACUGAUCUUGUCUCUGCGACAUUCCACAAGAACAAGGCUGCUGAAAAUAUGAAUGUGAAUUACACAAUGAAGGUGUUGAUUCCCGAGUUGAUUGCUCGCAUUGUGAUGUCCGCCUACAGGCUGAACAAGGAUGAAGCCUUGAAGAAAAUCAAGGAGGUCAGCAUCACACAGUCUCAGAAGCUUUUCAAAUUCUAAUCGAAAGUUAAGGUAUCUAAAGUUCCAACUACUUAAUUGAAAAGUGGUCCAAUUCCGUUUGAGAGAUACAAACAUACUCCAUACAACUAAUUUACACCGAGCCAGUUUCAAACAUUAUAUUUAUAUGGUUAUUAUUUUAAGUUAUUUAGAUUUGUGUUUAAUUAUUUGUGAUCUGCUACUUAAUUUCCAAGUACAGAAAAUAUCAGUGAAAUUAUUUAAUAAUUCUAAUUUAGCCCUUCAAAACAAGAAUCAUUGCACCAGAUAAGAACAUUGUGCAAAGUAAACAAAAAUAAUACAAAUGCAUUACUCACUUGAGAGGAAAGCUUACUUUGAAAACAAUAGAAAAUCUUAUUUUGACUAAAAUAAAAUUAUUUGACAUCUGCAUACAAUAUGCGACGAAAAUGUGAGUUCUUCAGAACUUAAAAAUACUCUUCAAAUUUCAGUAUUUAGUUAGAAGGUGAAAUUCCGAAUUUAUGUUUUAGUGUGUGUAGAAAUAUGACAAAUAUUUAGAUCAAAUCGAAGAUUUCUACAAAUUUUGUAUCAGCUCUAAUGCAUUUGCUAAAUCGAUGAGCACUUAAGUUUGUGAUUUGAUUGAAUAAAGUGAAAAUUCUGAAUCGAAUUAAC